CCACCCCUCCCUGACACGGAAGGACCGGGAGGGAGCGUGGGGAGGAAAUCCAGAGCAAAGCACUUGUUUGAUAAUCCCAACUUUAUUUACAAAGGGAGAGAAGGCGACUUGUCAGACACCAUUGCAUUGCUGAAAGAAAACUGCAGACUUAACAAGAACUGCUGUCAGCUUGGGCAAGGGAGCAUUUUGCAGUGGGAAGUCCCUGGACAUGCCGUGACAUGAAGUCCUGAUUAUAUCUGUGCUGCUGCUGUUUUGCAGUUUGCUUGCUGUUGUUUUCCUGUGGUGCGAGAAAGCUUUUUGGACAUCCCAGUAAGACGCUUUACUUUUAUAUGCCCCUUUUCUGGGAUUUUUUUAGGCUAACAUGCUCUGCUGUUGCUGUCUCUCAGCUACUUCAGAAGAGCGGGAACCCCUUCCUGUAAACACAAGGCAGCCCUGUCGAAACAUUGGGCUCUUCAAUAAGGAGGGGACCCUCACGAUGAAGCUGGUGAACGUACGUGCCAUCGACACCCUGUUCUCCGAUGUCGCCGAGGCGUUCAACGAGCAGCACGGGGAUCACUCUGAGAUGCUGCGGGCUGCCCGAGGGCUGCGGGAGGUUUGUGGCUGCGCUCCCACGGCCGCUCUCACCGCCUGCAUGGACACCCUGCGGCAUGAGCACGGUGCCUCCAAGGUGCAGGUGCAUGUGGAGGGCUAUAGCUUUUCGCUCGUUGUAAAGGAGAAGCAAGUGCCUGAAAAACUGAAGCGGGUCCAGCGGCACAUGGGGGAGCUGAGUCGUUCCACAAAGCGCGUCCUUGCGAGAACAACGACGCUUCGGGAAAUGAUCUGCUCGAUGCUUCAGAACCAGAAUGAGCUGGAAGAGAGGAUCAAAACCGCAAACCCAGAGUAUCUGAACCAGGGUGAUAACACCGUAUCGUGCUCUACAACAGAACUCCUCCUCUUGAGCUGCCCGGCUCCUUUCUCUGUUUUGCCAGACCUACCAGGUAAUUUUAACAGACACAAUAAGACGCUGGGAACACUCUGAUGGUUGGGUGCUCUGAUGAUAUUUCCAGAAGUAUCGCUGUCCUCCAGAUAACUGAAUUCCCAGACUCAGUUACAAACUUCCGAGCAAAGGCAGCACCUGAAAAGCAAGUCCUCCUGCUUUCAAGUUAAAAAUGCUUAGAGCAUCAAACAUAUGUCAAAAUCACUAAUUUGUCAUGAAGCUGCUACGGGCUUAUAUCAUCAAUCAUCUUGACACACUGUACUUGAAACGGUGCUGAAAAGAUACAAGUCAUUUACUCCAAAAUGUUUUCUUUAUCUGUGUGCACCCUUAAAAACUUCCAUAAGAGCAGUGAAAUGUGGGCGCUCCCUACUCAUUGUUUACAAGGUGUGUUUAACUUUUGUAGGUUGUAUAUGAAACGAGAAUGACUGAGUCUUUCUUCAUGCAGCGGCAUUUUUACUCAAAGCACGUUUCUGAGUGAUAAAGAACUCACUUGUGUUGACUUUACCCCUUUAAACUUUACAUAUUUUCUGCUAAUUCCAGUCUUUUUUUAAAAUUUAUUUUAGAUUUCUAGCUAAAUUGUGCACAGAUCAUCCAGAGUACUGUAGAUAAGAAAUAAAUGACCGAAUUAUACAACUGUGAUACAUAUUUUACUAAUAUUUACCCAUCUCUGGAAAAAAAUGAGAUUCCAAUGGGACAAAUUGAAUCAAUCCAAUUUUUAGGGACCACAUCUACAAUUUCUACAGUUUCUCAUCCCUGUACAAAAUCUUAUGUGCGUUAAUGUCAUACACAUACUGUACCCCAAGGUUUCCCAAUAACUUCUGUGAGACUAUUGUGGCUUCUAAAGCUUAGGUAGCUUUAGCAAAGACAAACAAGGUCCUAAAAGAACAGUCUUAAAUUAUUCUGAAAUUGUAAACUGUCUCUACAAUGGUUAUUUGAAGCUAAAUGGUUCUGAAGUCUUAAUCCUUUCUUGAAAUUUCAGGCCCAAAAAGUAAUAAAAAUCUGGAAAAUGAAAUUGGGUCUUGAGAUUUCAGUCACAGAUGAACUGAAACACACUUCCAAAUUCUAUGUGAUUUCCUUGAAUCUCAAAGCAAAUUGGAGAGUAAAACCUUAUAAUUGAUAUGUUCGUGUUCGUCGCCAAUAUUUAAGAAUGUUUUAAUUCUAGAGAAAUACUAAAAAUCCAGCAUUUAGUUCUAAAAGCGCAAUAAGUGUUGUCAGCAGCUCAGUGUCCGUGCAAAUUCAGUUUCUUGUGCAGGGGGAUGAGAAGCAUUUCAAAGACGUUUUGGCAGUGAAGCAGCAUAAAGACUAUUGGGCUGAUGCCUCAGGUAGCUCUGAAAAUCCCACCAGCUUUCCAUGUGGUUCCUGACACCUCAGUGGAAAGUCUAUGCAGUUUAAUCCUGGGAGCUCCAGCCCUGCACUGGGGCCGGGUUGGAAAUGGAGUUACCAGAAGUGGAAACCCUCUGUAGUGAACUCAGAAAUCCUUUUGCUUUUGUAGCAAAGAUGUAUACAUUUCAUUUGUGGGGUUUUAAUUGGUUUUGAUUUGUUUCUUUCAGUAGUUAGUCAGUUCGGGAUGUCUGGGUCCGUAGGCCGUUUGGGAAUCUUUUGUGAAGGUGACGGGUCUCAAGCUCCUUGCAGGAGUUGGGAUACUGAGGGGAUAAUGAGGGGAAGAGCCGACAUUGCAUUUCUUUUCCUUAAAAGAGAAAGGCUGAAGGAGAGCAAUAAAGCAAAAGGCAUUUCCUAAAGGUAGCCAUUAAAUCAUUCAACACGCCGGUCCCUCAAGAGCAGAGAGGUUCCUCUUUCCUUUCCAGAAUGGGUUUUACUGACCAUUUCUCAUCCAGUGCUCAGUGUCUUCACCCGGCCCUCCCCGUGCACCCACCCAGCCUCCCUCCAGCAGGACAGCACCACGGCUCCUCCUGACAUGGGCCUUGGCCCAUAGAUCACUUCCCAAAAACUUUUCAAUGGGUCCCCAAUGAUGCCGACCGAGGGCUCUGUUUUGCUCGUGAUAAUGUGCUAAUGCUCCGAGACCUGGCAUCAAUCUUCUCUACGCAUCAUAAUUUGUCAAAGUCACAACAUGGGGCUGGAAACUAAAAAAAAAAAAAAAAGAAAAAUCCAACAAAAAAAUAGUAGGAAGAGAUAGAAAACGUGUCUUUUUUUUCAGUUCCCUCCCAUGUGACCUUCCCCUCCUCCACUCCCCCAUCCCCUUUUCUCUUAAUCUCUAAACCAUCUGAUUGUACAGAAAUGGUAAAGAAAAGGUUUAGUUUCUCGCUCCUGUGUCUGCUUUUUUGUGUGUGUGUAUGUGCUUGCUGGACAUGUUUGUAAAUGGAAACUGAGAAGUCAUGACGGGAACCUUUGCCACCUUUGGUCAGGAAAACGCUUUGGGAGAAGGUUGGUCAACUGGUGCUCAUUCCCAGUUAAGUCGUCAUUUAGGCUGGUAAAAUUAGAUGGAAAAGCAUGAUCAUAUCAAAAGGGCCUAACGGCUGAUGGGUUUUGUUUUUAAUCAUCUCUGAGGCCACAAUCCCACAGACCACAUCAAAAUGUUCUCUAGAGCUUGUUUAAAGCAAAAAGAAAAAAAGUCAGGAGAGAGAAAAUCAAACUUAAUUCUCCUCUCUUUUCCUUUUCGAAGUUCCAAUUUCUUCUUUUCAACGUUUUUUUCACCCACUGUCUCCUUGCCCUGCUGUCAUCCCACUCAGCUGCUGAUAAAAUAGUUCUAUUUAAAACACCUCAUGAAAAUAAAUUGACUUGGAUGCUCAGCUGCUGUUUGUGCUCUGAAAUGCCAAGACAGACGAAACAUGCAUUGCUAAUACCGCUGUUAAUGUCUGCUUAGCGGAGGCUUCGAGGUCCAGAAAAUGACUUGUGGUGGCAUUUGAGUCCUUAUCCCUCCCUUGUCUUUUUAUGGUGCAUAAUUGGUAGACAAGAAACAGAAUAAGGGUGUUUCUCUGGCAGCGUUUAAAGUCAAUUGACGCUACUGGGAAGAGCCAGAUCUCUGGACCUGACAUUUUAUUCAUUAUCAACGCAGCCAGGUCUCAGCUAGAAACAGAUGAUGAAAGCUGGUAUAAACUGACGGGAAAACUUAGAUUAAUUGAUGGAGUGAAACCAAUGGAGUGCCACCAGAGAUGCGCAGUUCUGCUGCUACUUUUCAUUACGUUCUUAUUAAAUACAUAGACAGAAAAUGACAAGCCAGCCUUCCAAGCCCCUCCAAGGAAUUCUCCCUGGUGUGUUCACUGUGCGGCACUUUUAGCAAUGCUGCUAAAAUCAGCGUGAGCAGCAAAGCAAAGGUGAGAUCGGUGCCACAGCCCCAGACAGACUCUGUGCAAUUUGGAGUGGCAGAAUCCAGCCUGCAAUGCCUUGCAGAGUAAGGCAGAAUAUAUUCUACAAGAUAAUUGCAUUUAAAGCAUUAAUGGAUAGGCGGCCGCUGCCUGUGCGCGGGGCUGGCAGCGCUUCCCGGCCCCCGGCACAACCAGCCUCACCCCAGGUAACUCUUCACAAGCAAACUCUCCUAAUCAGAGUGUGACGGGCGACACACAGCCUUGAAUCCGGUGUUAACCUGCCACGGAAAACAAGCCGUGGGGUUGUUUCCAUGAGGAAUCUUGGAAGGCAGACAAUGGGUGGAAGGGAAAGAAUGGGGGGGAGUGUGGAGGGCAAACAGGACGGGAUAUGAAAGGGAAGGGUCCGUGGCCAAGGUUGGCUCCGAACAGAAUGCUCGUGGGCUGGGUUUUGGGUUUCAGACCUCUGCUGACAAUUUGCUACACUUGGUAUCAGGAAGAUUAGAAGGGAAAUGUUUCUGCAGGUCUUUGAAGAGGAGAAGGAGCUACACAAGCCUAUAAUAACUUUCUUGGUUUUCUUAGAUUUGAGCACAAGAACAGUGACAAACUUCACCUUGUAACCAGGCCUGAUCCUGCUGUGCUUCUGGGGUUCUCUACGCUCCAUUAAACCCCAGGAGUUGGUUUUGGGACUUGUGGAGCUCAAGUCCAGCAUCACUGUUUGGGUACCACUGCUCUCCUUGCACAAAGGACCCAAAGGGAGAGGGAAAACCAAACAAGAUGCAAACAUAGGAGGUGUAGGGGGGGGUUGGUGCUGCACCACCCCAUCCUUCUCCUGAUGGGAUCUCCACCAGCACUGGGAUAGGGGAAGGGGCUGGGCUGACACCAGUUAUCUUGUUCCCCCAUCCCCGUGCACAUAGGAGCCACCCAACUGGAAUGAUGGGAUUUAUUCCACGGUGACACCAGUGGAAACUGGACUUGAACCAGUCCUCAUCUGAUGACUAUUUAAGUAGCUUUUUAUUAGCUAUACUUUCUAUAAACAGAGAUUUAAAAAAAAAUUCUACUGGAAUUACCCAGAGGAAACUGUAUCUUUGGAGGCCAAAUAAAAGUUCAUAUAAUAGGUCUUCUUUAUAUGAGAAUAAUGUCUUCAAACCAAUUAUAUCAAGGAAUAUAAUUACACGCUUACACAGUAAAUUAAAUACAUUUUUAAACACAAAUGAGAUUGAAUGUCAAUUACAGCUUCCAAAAACAUAUUUAGUUAAAAGUAAUUUCCGCUUCAC